UGUGGCCAUUCGUCGUAUAGGGCUGUCGGAAUCGGUGUGUUUUAAAAAGACGUAAAGUUUCAUUUGUAAAAUUUCCAUAUAAAAAAGUUAUUGAAAAUUAUAAAACAUAUAAAUAAUUAAACCUUGAAAUAUGCGUAAACGGAAAUUGAAGAAAUAUUGUGAAAAUUUUCUCAAAUAAAUGCAUUAAUUUGCCAUAAAAAAAUUAAGGUGCAGACAUUGAAGAAAGAAAAAAAAACUUGGAAAAAGAGCAGCAUAAAGAAUUUCCUUUAAAUAAUUCUUCAGACAGGCCCAUCCCCGUCAACAGAGCAGCAUUAUUAUUACAUAAUAGAAGUAAAAAUGUUUACUAUAAUUUGUAUAAAUGAGUAAAUCUCAAAUUCCUUUAAUUUUUGAAUUCAAUUCAAUACAUUAGUUUGUUGAAAUAGAAUUUUGUUUGAGUAAAAGAAAGUAAUCUUGAAAUUAAAAGGAACAAAGUUCUGUUAAUUUUCCUUCCUAAAACGAAAACACACUAAUUUAACUCUCUUCAAAGAGUAAGAGACAAAUAAAUAAAUAAUUAAAUAAACAGAGACAUACAUAAAUUAUUUAUAUAUUAAAAAGCAAAUUUGUUGUUGUCAUUGUUGUUGUAUUAAUUCUAAGGAUAAAACAAAAAGCGUAAGAUUAGCAACAAUAACUACUUGACACGUGUGCCACAACAUAUUGGGACGCUAGACAACAACAAACAAACUGAUUCCCAAAACUACAGCCAACUCAAAAAAAAAAAAAACUAAAGUAAAGUAAAAUAAACUCCAGUGUUUCUCUGCCUCUGCAUAUUCAUAAACAGUAAAUAAAACCUUAAGUGGGGUUUUUUGUUUCAUUAUUUUUGAAAAAAGUAUAUUUUACAAAAGUAAAUUGUGUAAAAUAUCCGUCAAAAUAAAAUCAUUAACAAAAUGACUACCGAUACCCGCCGACGUGUUAAAUUGUAUGCUUUAAAUGCAGAACGUCAAUGGGAUGAUCGUGGCACGGGACAUGUGUCAUCAAAUUAUGUUGACAGGCUUAAAGGCAUCUCUUUGUUAGUACGCGCUGAAUCAGAUGGUAGCUUACUUUUGGAAAGUAAAAUACAGCCAGACACCGCUUAUCAAAAGCAACAGGAUACCUUAAUUGUUUGGUCUGAGGGUGAUAACUUUGAUUUGGCCCUGAGUUUUCAAGAAAAGGCUGGUUGUGAUGAAAUAUGGGAAAAAAUUUGCCAGGUUCAAGGUAAAGAUCCAUCCGUUGAAAUCACACAAGACAUUGUCGAAGAAUCCGAAGAUGAACGUUUCGAAGAUAUGUCAGAUACAGCACCGCCUAUCGAAUUGCCACCCUGUGAAUUGGCCCGCCUUGAAGACAUAUCCGAAGUCAUACAGAAUUGCUUGACCACACCGUUGCGCAAAGAGAAACUCUCCAUGGCACUGGAAUCCGAAAACUAUAUAAAGAAAUUACUUAAUCUUUUUCAUGUGUGCGAGGAUCUCGACAAUACCGAGGGUCUACAUCAUCUCUUCGAAAUAUUCAAAAACAUAUUUCUAUUAAACAAAAAUGCACUUUUCGAAAUAAUGUUUGCUGAAGAUACGAUUUUCGAUGUGGUUGGAUGUCUGGAGUAUGAUCCCAGUGUAACGCAACCGAAGAAACAUCGUCAGUAUUUAAAACAAUGGGCUAAAUUUCGUGAAGCAGUUCCGAUCAAAAAUCAGGAUCUACUAGCGAAAAUACAUCAAACAUUUCGUGUGCAGUAUAUACAGGAUAUAAUAUUGCCCACACCAUCGGUAUUCGUAGAGGAUAAUAUGUUAAAUACUUUAUCUAGUUUUAUAUUCUUUAACAAAGUUGAAAUUGUCACUCUCAUCCAGGAGGAUGAACGUUUUCUGGUUGAUAUGUUUACCUUACUUACCGAUCCAAAUACCAGCGAUGCCAAGCGACGUGACAUUGUUUUAUUUCUAAAGGAAUUUUGUAAUUACGCGCAAAACCUACAGCCGCAGGGUAAAGAUUCUUUCUACAAGACCCUCACGUGUCUGGGUAUUUUGCAAGCUUUGGAAAUAACAUUGGUGAUGAACGACCAGAAAACAAAGGCGGCCUCUAUCGAUAUACUAACGGCCAUUGUUGAAUUUUCGCCAUUAGUCGUACGCAAUUAUACACUACAACAAGUUAAUCGUACUGAAGGUGACCGUAUGUUGUUAAAUAUUGCCAUUGAACAAAUGUUAAAUGAUUCCGAACCAGAAUUAGGUGUUGCAGUGCAAUUGAUGGGUAUAAUAAAAAUACUGUUAGAACCCGAAAAUAUGUUAACAGAAAAGGGUGAUUUCUUAAAUUUCUUCUACAAACACAGUAUACAAACCUUAAUAGCACCUUUGUUGCUCAACACCAUCGAUGAUCGCCCACAAAAUGAAGAUUAUCAAACAGCACAAUUAUUGGGAAUUGUACUAGAUAUUUUAUCAUUUUGUGUUGAACAUCAUACUUAUCAUAUUAAGAAUUUUAUAAUACAAAAAGAUCUCCUCAAGAGAAUUCUAGUACUCAUGAAGAGUUCUCAUACGUUCCUUGUUUUAGGCGCUUUAAGACUUUUAAGAAAAAUUGUUGCCCUCAAAGAUGAGUUUUAUAAUCGACACAUUGUUAAAGGAAAUCUAUUUGCUCCUGUUGUGGAUGCCUUCAUACGCAAUAAUGGUCGUUAUAAUUUACUCGAAUCUGCUAUAUUGGAAUUAUUUGAAUUUGUUAAACUGGAAGAUAUAAAAACGUUGUGUGUUUAUUUUGUUGAAACAUUUAGCAAAAUAUUUGAUGAAAUCGAAUAUGUACAAACGUUUAAAUAUUUGAAAAAUCGUUACGAUCAAUAUCAAGAGCGAAUAAAAGAUCGUGAUAAGAUGGGUUUAGAUACUGGCAUUCCAAUUAUACGCGGUAAUCGUUUUCGUCGUGAUCAAAGGCAAAUGGAGGAGGAGGAAGAAAUGUGGUUUAACGAAGAAGAAGAUUUAGAAGAACUUGAAACCUAUAAUAGCGUCAUGAAGUCCGUUACCGAAAAGAAUGGUUCUCAAACAUCUCAACUGCAACAGAAAUCACCGCCACAAAAUGCACAACAACAGCUGCAACAACACGGUACCAGUAGUAUGUUGGGUAACACAUCUGGCACCGGUAAUCUAAACACAACAACGACGUCAUCCACGAGUCUUUCUCCAACUGGUGGUGGCGGCGGAGUUGGUGGUAGCGAUUCCAUCGGCGGCCUGCAAACACCCUCCACCAGUAGUAGUAGCAGUAGUAGUAGUAGUAAUUGCAAUAGCAAUGACCAAACGUCCGCCGCUCAUUUGGGUGCUGCUGCCGCUGCAGCAGCUGCAAAUUUAGCCCUGCACCAGCAACAACAUCCAUUGCACAAUUAUCAGCAACAACAGCAGCAAUUGAAUCUAAAUAGCACUUUGGUAGCGGCUGCAGCAGCAGCGGCAGCAGCCGGUGUGGCUUCAACCUCUUCAGCUGCUCACUUGGAAGCACAACAGCAGCAGCAACAAAGUGAUAUUGUUGAAUUGCAACAACAAUUGGCAGCAGUAGAGCAACAGCAAGAGUUAGCGUUAAGUGGCGGUGUUGUUAAUAGCGGUAUAGCAUCAACAUCGAAUGCGACGCAAACAACGGCAGGACCCUCGACAAGUGCUUUGACAGAAUCAGCAGUUGCUGCAGCGGCAACCCAGCUUUUAUCAUCGAUGGCUUCAAGCGAGGCCGUGGCAGCGGUAGCAGCUGCUGCCGUGGCGGCCGUAGCUGCAAGUGUUUCGGGGGUAUCAGCAAAUACAGCAGCAGCUGCAGCUGCCGAAGCAGCUAAACUUAACAGUAAUGAGAAUAAUAAAACAAACACUAACACAACUACUGCAACAGUAGAUGAAAAUAAAGAGGCAGAGCCAUCAUCCACAGCACAAACUGGGGAAAAUAUUUUAAAGAAGCUUGUUGAUUAUGGUAGUGAUUCAGGUGAUGAAUAUGAGUUAGAAGAUGAAGAUGACGAAGAGUCUCCACAUCAAAAGAAACCACGUUUGGCAUAGCAACUUUACCACCACCAACAGCAACACCCUCCAAAUCAAACACAAUAUCACCUACAACAUUCUACUCACCAUCAUCAUCAGCCCCAUCAGCAUCAGCACCACCACCAUCAUCAUCUGCAGCAUCAACACCAUCACCAUCAAUUCCAACAUCAGCAAACGGUCGCUACAAAUGCUGCUGUAGCAGCAGCUGCGGCCGCUGCAGCUGAAACAAUUAUUAAAACAUUCGCAACCAUGUCGUCGUCCACAGCGGCAGUAGCGGUAACGGCUUCUUCUACGGCGUCUAUAUCGUCGUCAGCUUUGUUGUCAUCACCACCACCAUUACCAACAUCAUCAUUAUCACCCUCGUCAUCGUCUUCAAACUCGGCUGCCGUUGUUAUGACGUCUUCAUCCAUUUACAAUAAUAAUAAUAAUAAAAAUACAUCUACUAAUCCCAAGAACAAACAUUUUUAACUUUUUAAAUAUAAACAAAAACAAAACAAACAAAUAUUAUAUAUAAUGAAAAGAAAAACUUGAUUUAAAGAAAACAAAAAUUACCAUAUUAUAUAGUUAAAAGAGAAAUCACUUUUUUUAGCCACAGGCUACAUUUACAACAAAACAAAAAUAAUAAUAAAUGCAAAAAAAAACAUCAUAAAAAGGAGAAGAUUAAACAUUAAUUACAACAAUUAUAGUUAUGUAAAAUUUCAGUAUAACAAAGAUAAAGAAAAACAAAACAACAAAAUUAAAUUUAAUAAAAAAACAUAAAAUUACAAAAAAAAAAA